AUGAAGAGAAGGACAGAACCCGAAUUUAGCAGCUUCCAAAAUAAACAGAAGAAGAGGAUAGAAGACUUGGGAUUAACCCUCAGUUCUACUUCAGAUGAUGAAAAUCAAUUGAGUAAUCAUACUACUCAAGAGUCUUCCAGUAGCAGCAGUGGGUCUGACAGUGAGAGUGAUGAAAAAAGACCAGUCUUCAGCAGUGAGUUCAAACAAGACUCUCUUGUGGAGGGUACUUCGUCUCGUUACUCAAUGUAUAACAGUGUCUCCCAAAAGCUCAUGGCCAAGAUGGGCUUCCGAGAAGGAGAAGGUCUGGGAAAAUAUGGCCAAGGCAGGAAGGAUAUUGUUGAGGCCUCCAAUCAGAAGGGAAGGAGAGGCUUUGGGCUGACCCUGAAAGGAUUUGAUGGGGAGCUCAAUAUUGAUUGGCAGGAUGAGCCAGAGCCUAGUGCCUAUGAGAAGGUGGACUGGUGCCCUGAGUGUACCACGGAGAUCCCAGAUGCCCAGGAGCUGAAGGAGUGGAUGACUGUGGGGAAGAGGAAGAUGGUGAUUGAAGAUGAAACAGAGUUCUGCAACGAAGAGCUUUUACGUAAUGUUCUGCAGUGCAAGAGUGUAUUUGAUGAGCUGGAUGGAGAGGAAAUGCGUCGAGCCCGAACAAGGUCUAACCCCUAUGAGAUGAUCCGGGGAGCUUUCUUUCUGAACAGAGCUGCAAUGAAGAUGGCAAAUAUGGACCAUGUCUUUGACUACAUGUUUACAAACCCUAAGGACUACCAUGGGGUGCCUCUGAUAAAGGAGUAUGAUGCAGAGCUGCUCUACUUUGCUGAUGUGUGUGCUGGUCCCGGAGGCUUCUCAGAAUAUGUCUUGUGGAGACGGAAGUGGCAUGCGAAAGGAUUUGGCAUGACCUUGAAAGGACCAAAUGAUUUUAAACUGGAGGACUUUUAUUCUGCUUCCAGUGAGCUCUUUGAACCCUAUUAUGGAGAGGGAGGGAUUGAUGGAGAUGGAGACAUCACUCGAUCAGAGAACAUCACUGCUUUCCAGAAUUUUGUUUUGGACAAUACUGAUCACAAGGGAGUGCAUUUCUUAAUGGCUGAUGGGGGUUUCUCAGUGGAGGGUCAGGAGAAUCUGCAAGAAAUCCUAAGCAAACAGCUCAUGCUUUGCCAGUUCCUUACAGCACUGUCCAUUGUCCGGACAGGAGGACAUUUUGUCUGCAAAACCUUUGACCUGUUUACUCCAUUCAGUGUGGGACUUGUUUAUCUGCUGUACUGCUGCUUUGAGAGGGUGUGCAUCUUUAAACCUGUGACAAGCCGCCCUGCUAACUCGGAGAGGUACGUGGUAUGCAAAGGACUGAAGUCAGGGAUUGAUGAUGUGCGGGAAUACCUCUUCUCAGUGAACAUCAGACUCAACCAGCUGCGCAACUCUGAUGUGGAUGUGAAUCUUAUUGUCCCAUUGAAUGUGAUCAAAGACAACCAGGAUUUUUACAAUUACAUUGUCCAGUCCAAUGAAAACCACUGCAAAGUUCAGAUAAAGGCAUUAGCCAAAAUUCGUGCCUUUGUUCAAGACACGACCCUGAGUGAGCCACGGCAGGCUGAAAUCCGGAAGGAGUGUCUCCAACUAUGGGGGAUUCCUGAUCAAGCUCGUGUUGCUCCUUCAUCUUCAGAUCCCAAGUCCAAGUUCUUUGAGCUGAUCCAGGGCACAGACAUUGAUACCUUCAGUUACAAACCCACUCCUCUGAAUUCCAGCACACUGGAGAAAAUUCGCCAAGUGUUAGAUUACCGGUGCAUGGUGUCUGGAAGUGAGCAGAAGUUCCUUUUGGGGCUAGGGAAAUCGCAGAUCUACACCUGGGGUGGUCGCCAGUCAGAUCGCUGGACAAAGCUGGAUUUGAAAACUGAGCUGCCACGAGAUACUCUUCUUUCUGUGGAGAUUGUUCAUGAGCUGAAAGGAGAGGGGAAAGCCCAGCGAAAAAUCAGUGCCAUCCACAUCCUCGAUGUCUUGGUGCUGAAUGGCAAUGAUGUUCGAACACAGCACUUCAACCAGAGGAUUCGGCUGGCAGAGAAGUUUGUUAAAGCUGUUUCUAAGCCUAGCCGGCCAGAUAUGAACCCCAUCCGAGUGAAGGAAGUGUACAGGUUGGAGGAAAUGGAGAAGAUUUUUGUGAGGUUAGAGAUGAAAGUCAUCAAGAGUUCAGGGGGAAUGCCCCGGCUGUCCUACACGGGCCGAGAUGACCGACACUUUGUGCCCACAGGGCUCUACAUCGUACGGACUAUGAAUGAUCCCUGGACAAUGGCAUACAGCAAAAACUUCAAGAGGAAAUUCUUCUUCAACAAAAUGACCAAUGUAGCAACAUACAGCCUCCUUCCUGAAGCCAUUGCACCUUUUCAUGUCUGCCAUUACAGCCGACUCUUCUGGGAGUGGGGGGAAGGUGUCAAAGUGCACGACUCUCAGAAAAGGCAAGAUCCAGAGAAGCUGUCAAAGGACACUGUCCUGUCUUUCAUCCAAGCACACUGCCGCUAACCCUGCUCUCCUGAGGGUGCAGUGGGGGCUGAGCCCAGCUUGGAUUCUUCAGGGACUAAUGAGACUGGGGAGGCCUCACAACUUCUAUCCUGGUCUUCUCCAGAGCUGAUUUCCUGGAGGUGAUCGAACCAGGGGGUGGUAUGCAGAAGGCACAGGAUAAGGCUCUACCCUGGCAGUGUAUAUAAGAGUACAGCCCAGGAAGCACCUGCUGCUGGAGUACCCAUGGUGACUUCUGGAGCCAAGGCCUAACGCCCUUUUAUCCUGACCUACUGCAUGCAUGAGGCUAAGGGGCUGGCAGCUUUCUUUGCUCCUGUUCAGAUGUUCAGCAAGGUUUGUGGAGCUCCUUGUGUGCCAGAACUCUCCAGACUUGUGCUUCUCUGGGAGUGCGGGAAGGAGCAGAGAUGUUUUGAUGGCAGAGCUGGGCAACAGCACAUUGAAGCAGCCCUGCAUUG